AUGUCGUUUAAUGUGAAUUUUGGUGGUGUUAAUUAUGAUGGAGCACUUUCGUAUAAUGGUCAACGAGUUUUACAAGCCAUGAAGGAGAAUGUGGAUAAUGUUGAUUUGAUUUGUUUACAGGAGACUCAUGUUGGGUGGGAAAUUGCAGUUUCGAAUAGUACAACACUUUCUACUCAAUAUCCAAAUCAAGUUUGGGAUCAUUCCAAGACGAAUGUUUAUUUAGCAAGUGGAACUGGAGUGAUGGCUAAAGCUAAUCUCAAUUUGGAUGUGGAAAUGUUGAGUAGUAAUGUGGAGGGAAGUUAUUUUGAUGCCAUGCAUAUUAUUGUGACAAGAAAGAAUUCGAAACUUGAAGAUUCUGUUAAUUAUCAAGUAUUGAAUUUACAUUUGAGACCUCCUCUCUCAUUCGAAGGUGGAAAUUUACAACAUAUUAGUGCCUUUCUCUAUCAAACCGUUUCAGAGAUUUCAACGAAACAAGUCAAUCUGGAAUAUUCCAAUCUAACUAUGCCUCCCUCCUCAAAGAAAUGA